GUGAUUUUUCAUUGCAACAUUACCAAUUAGAGUAAAAACUGUAGAGAAAAUGCAGGCAGGAUUUCCGAAAGCUGAUAUCAACACUCUUCCAAAAGUAGAUUUUUUCAUGGUCCAGGAGUUUUUAUCGACCAACGAUAAAUUUCGAGAUGCUCACAAACGUGGAAAAAUUGAAAGGUCCAGUAAUCCCGAUUAUCUCAACUCUGCUAUCGGCAAAGUUCAGUACAAAAUUAAUAAUGGUGUGUAUACCGUUACAGCUCGAGUUGUUCCUGAGCAUAAAGUUACAAAAAAACAAUACACCGUAGUUGCAAUUAUCGAUACUCAGCUCGAUGAGAUUCAAGACGUUUAUUGCGAAAGCGAGAACGAUGGCUGCAAAGCAGCAGCUGGUGGAUGUAAGCAUGCAAUAGCAUUCUUAUGUUUCCUCUACGAGAAGUAUUCGUCCCCGUCUCCAACGGAUGGCACUCGUUUGUGGAAAGUGCCACAAUUAUCGCGGGUCAAUGAGAACCUUGAUAAUUUUGAUAUCAGCAAGUAUUCUAAGUCGGGUAUUAAAAGAAAAAGCGAAAACGUAAGUGGAAGAUUCGUCCAGGCGCUGUUAGAAAAGUAUCCUAAAAAGCAUACAAACACUGUCUUAAAAUAUAUUAAACCAACUUCUCAAAGUGAUCGUUGUUCGAUGCAUUACCUAAUGUUGGAAUACAAAAGGUCUCAAGGUAUUUCCGAUUGGAAGAAGUUCAUUUCUUAUUGCAAAAGGUCUAUGACAGUACAAGCUUGUACUACAAAUAAGAUCAACACUAGGGGACAAGAUUCUUCAUUAUGGUAUAACUUAAAAUUUUGUAAAAUUACUGCAUCAAAAGUGUAUGAGUUGUCUCGAUGUGGAAUGUCUGACGGAUCGUUGGUUAGAAGCGUUUUAGGACAGAGUAGUAAAACAUCAGAAGCAAUGAAACGAGGGCUUAAUCUAGAAAGUAAGGUUAUCGAAGUAAUUAAGAAAUAUUAUAAAAAUGUGAAGCGAUGUGGACUUUUCCUUCAUCCGCGAUAUCCAUCAAUGCAACUACUGUGUUUGAAAUAAAAUGCCCGUUUAAGGAAGACAACAUAAAGUAUUACAUUGAUGAAGAUGGAAAGCUCAAGCAUAAAGUAAAUUGCCAAAUUCAUUUGCAAAUGAU